AUGGCCAGCACUAGAGGCGCAUGUGCUCCACUCGCGGCCGCGGCCUUCGUCUUCCUCGUGUGUGUGGCGGCCAUGGUUCUCUACACCACCAGCUUCUCUCUGUCAACAGCGCUACUAGCCGUCUCUGGCCUACGUUCAGACGACGUGUUCACCAUCCCACAUGCACUUACCACCAAAAGCAGCGGCGACUCGAACGUCGGCGGGCCUCUCCACACCAGCGUCCACACGUGCCGCAAGCCAAAGCUGCCGCCAAAUCCGCUCCCGCCCUUCUACUGCUGCCCCCCAGCAUCCGCGUCGUUGUCGGAGCCAAUCAACUUCACUCUCCCGGACCCGGCGGAGCCGCUCAGGGUCCGGCGGCCCGUGCACGCCGUGGGGGCGGAGUACAUGGCCAAGUACGAGCGCGCCAUCGCGCUGAUGAAGGCGCUGCCCCACACCGACCCGCGCAGCUUCUACCAAAUGGCCAACAUCCACUGCGCCUACUGCACCGGCUCCUACCGCCAGACGGGAAACCAGGAGCUGGACAUGCAGAUCCACUUCUCGUGGUUCUUCUUCCCCUUCCAUCGCGCCUACCUCUACUUCUUCGAGCGCAUCGCCGCCAAGCUGCUCGGGGAGCCCGACUUCGCGCUGCCCUUCUGGAGCUGGGACGUGCCGGACGGGAUGCGGAUGCCGCCCGAGUUCGCCAACUCCUCGUCGCCGCUGUACGAUCCUGUCCGGAACCCUAGGCACGCGCCACCCAGUCUUGUGGACCUGGGCUUCGUCGGCGUGGAGAGCAACCGCACAGACGAGCAGCAAAUCCAGCACAACCUUAGGACCAUGUACAAGCAGAUGAUUGGCAAUGCAGCUUUGCCGUCCCUCUUCCAUGGCCAGCCCUUCCGUGCUGGCCAGUCUGACAAGCCAGGCCCUGGGACAGUGGAGCUGUCGCCACACAACACGGUGCACACCUGGACCGGCGACAUAGCUCUCACCAACGUGGAGAACAUGGGAACCUACUACUCAGCCGGCCGAGACCCACUCUUCUACCCACACCACAGCAACAUAGACCGCCUGUGGCAGGCAUGGCGCGAAGUUGGCGCUGCCCGUGGUUACCGUGGCCAUGUCGACUUCAUGGACCAUGACUGGCUCGACUCCUCCUUCCUCUUCUACGACGAGGAGUCCCGCCUAGUGCGGAUCACCGUCUGCAACGUGCUCGAUACAGAGAAGCUCCGGUACAAGUUUGAUGGCGUUGGCAUGCCGUGGGUGAACGCACGCCCACCUACAACUCCAAACAUGAGCAAAAAGAAAGCCUUGCUCAAGUCCGUCAGAAUUCCACUAUCCCUUCACAAAGUUGUGACCGUAGAGGUAAGACGACCACAAGUGCUUCGAAGCACGCAAGAGAAGGGGGCGCGUGAGGAAGUACUGGUGAUCGAGGGCAUUGAGACCGACGGAACAGAAAUGGUCAAGUUUGACGUCUACGUGAACGCCAUGGAGCACGAGAAGGUGAAGCCCAGUGGGCGCGAGCUAGCAGGGAGCUACAUGUGCUUGAGUAAUCCACGUAUCGAUGGCACAGGCAAGGGGAUGCCUGUAGAAACAAGCAUGAGGGUGGCAUUGAACGAGCUCUUGGAAGAUUUGGAUGCCGAUGGUGAUGACACCGUGACCGUGACAUUGGUGCCCAGACAUGGGAAGGUUAAAAUCAGAAGCCUAAGAAUAGUGUACAUGGUGGAAUGA